UUGAAAUAGUUUAGAUUUGGGUUUAUGUAUGGUAUAAGUUAAGUAAUUUAUGACUAGAUCAUCAAAGUUUUUAGCCUAAGGAAGAGCUAAAGGAAGAGCAUAGGAGAAACACUUAUUCACCGCCAAUAGAAGUUCUGAGGAAAGAUGGAAGAAAGGACGAACAUCCAGGCAGAACAGCGUCAAAACUGUCUUGAAACUUUGAGAUCAAAAAUGGACAUGAAAGCGGAAAAAAUGGUUCUUGAAAGAAGAAUGCAGAUGGAACGUGGACUGGAGCAGCAACUGGAGGAUGAAAGGAAGAUUACUGGUAAUACCAAUACCUUAGAGAGACAUGAAGAAGGAGGAACACUUGCACGAGCGCUUCACCUAUUAGAACUAGCACAUUUGAGGGAGGUAAGAAUGAUGGAACGUAUAACGGCGGCUAGUGAGGAGUUAAAGGCUUUAGAUAAGAAACGUCGAGAAGCGUAUGUAAAUAAGCAUCUUACUACACAAUUAGCUGAAAAGGAGGCUGUGACAGCACAAGAAAAGCUAGAGAAAUCUAAGAUCCAAGAGAUAACAGAAUCGGAGAAAAAGUGUAUGGAGGAAAAGGCGGAUAUGAAUGUAAGUUUCAUCCACGCGGAGAAACUAAAGUAUAGAGAAGAAAGUCUUGAGCAGAUAAAGGAGGGGAAUCAAAACCAACGAGAUACGCAAAGAGAUAGAAUACUAGAAAAUGCAUUACUAGAACAGACAUUGAGGAAGAUUCGUGAAGAAGACGAAAUUGAAGAAGCUGCACGUUUAGAAAGAGUUUCUAGUGUAAAAAGGGAAAUCGAAGGAUUGAAAAAACAAAGAGAAAUGCAGAAACAACGUGAAAAACUUUCCCGAGAAGCCGAAGAAGCUAGAAUUAAAGCAUAUGCAGACGAAAAAGAAAAUCAAGAAGAAAAAGAAAAAGAGGAGAAAAUGAUUAUCGACUUUAUAUUAUUACAUUUGAACGGAUCCAAAAUUUAUCAUAGAAACGAGAGGGAGGAUAUUCUAGAACUGGUGGAGGAGGAAGAACCAAGACACCGAGGCAUUCCAAGAGACGAAGAGAGAGCAUUUAGGGCAGAAAGGGAACGCCAGUCUGCUCUUGAGACAGAAGACCCAGAAGACAUAUCAAGUUUUAUAAACUACAGUCUACCCACCGAUGAUGAGCUUGACGAUCUUUGGUACCGGUUCAUAGCUGCCGUAAACUAUCGUGAGGACGAGGACAUUCAACUUGAUGUUUAGAGCAAAGGCUAAAGACAGUUUCGUAAAGACGAAGAAAAAGCAAUGAACUAAAAAUUUGAUCAAACUAUGUUCACAACCUUUGUUAAACGUCAAUUUUAUGUUUAAUUGUGUUUUUAAAUGUUAAAAUGUGUAUCUACUGAUCUAGAAGAUUGUACAGUGCAACGCAGUGUGUUGAUUAUACUAAUUAUCAGCCUUGGUGGAGAUUCUGCAAAUUAUUUAGAGACUCCGAUUCCUCUAUAUUUAUUUACGUUUGAUCUAUAUUGUCAUAUUUGUAUGUGUUUUGUAAU